AUGACAACAUUUCAAAAGUUGGAGAUUGCAGGGAUUCGAUCGGUGGAUUCACAUAAACCCGUUGAGAUUGAGUUUUUCAAGCCACUCACACUCAUCCAAGGACCAAAUGGAGCAGGAAAAACAACGUUGAUUGAAUCGUUGAGGUUUGCAUGCACAGGAGUCUACCCACCAAAUUCGCAAACCGGAAGACUUUUUUUAAGAGACCCUAACAACUCUCCAACAAGAAAGACGGAAGCAUAUGUAAAGUUGAAACUUAAAACAGUGAAGGGAGAGGAAGUCGAUAUCACUCGAAAGGCAAGCGUUUCCCUUGAAAACGGAAAACUCAAGUUGACGACAAAAGAAGUCGAAAUUCUGGCGGACGGGAAAGAGGAAAGCAAGGAUUUUAUCGGGCAAACUGUCGAAACAAGCAACGAAAUGCUCUCAAGCGUAAUAUUUUGCCACCAAGAAGACGCCUCGUGGCCAUUUGAAGAAGGAAAGAAGCUAAAAGAGCGGUUCGACGAAAUAUUUGGAACAACAAAGUACUCCAAACUGAUUGAAGACACUCAGAAGGAGAUCAAGGACCUCAAAUCGCAGCAGAAGGAAACUGAGAUAAAGUUCGUUGGCGUAGAAAAGGAUUUUAUGACACUAAAAGAUAUCAAGGAUGAGAUCGUCGAGCUUCAAGGCACUGCUGAUUCUUACGAACUCAAAGUUGGCGUGUGUGGCGAGAAAGCAACGAAAAUAGCGGAGCGUCUGAAGAAAGCCUCUGAGGAUGUUCGUGCAUCCCAAGAGUCAGCCUACAAGGUCGAUUCGUAUCGAACUGAACUUUCCAAGAUUGUUCAAGCCUUAAAUGGCGUAACCGUUCCGCCAAAGCAAAGUCAGGGUGAACUUGAUGCGUUGAUUUCUGAAAUUGACAACGAGAUUGAGAAUUUGAGAACAACAACAAUCGACACAACGAAGAUGUCAAAACUCAAAACAAAAAAAGACGAGCUUCGUCAAAAAAUCGACGAAAAAACAAAGGAGCUUGGGGUUCUCAAUCACGAGAUCGACCAACAAGUCGAAAUUUUGUCAAAAAUUGAAAAAAUGCUUGGCAAGAGUGAUAACCCGGAUCUCCAGAUUGAAGAAACCAUCUUAAAAAUUGAAAAUCGUAAAAAAGAAAUUGAGAAGUCCCAGAAUGAAGACGACGAAAAGCUCAGAACACUUCAGAAUGAGAUAAGUGAGAUUGAGAGGAAACAAAACGAGAGUUCAAAGAAAAGGUUUGAGAUUGAGAAGAACCUUCGAGAGCUCCAGACUCAAUUAAAAACCAAAGAAACAACAAAAGAUCGUGAGAAGACAAACUACGAAAAAAGUGAGAACGAGAUUGAAAAGAUGCGAAAGGAGCAAAGUGAGAUUGUUUCAAAACUUCAAACCAUUGACAUGCCUGACGAAAAUGACAAAAAUCAAGCUGUCAAAACUGUUAAACGCGAAAUUGAUGAGUUGGACAAAGAGAUUGGAAAGGCGAUGGAAAAUGUCAAAAUGCAGGUGGUUCUUGGGAAGCUCAACGAAGAACAGAAGAAAAAUGAAGAGAUUUUGAAAAAUUCAGAGAGUUGUGUAAGAAAUGGAGAUCUACAAGGCACUGUCGAUUAUUAUAUUGAAACUUCAAAAAAGAAUAAUAAAAAACUUUUAGACGACAAAGCGAGCAAAGAGAAUUUAUCAAAAACACGGAUUGUCUCUUCUGCGAAUAUUGAGAGACUUGGCGCCGAGUCGCAGCGACUUGAAAAUGAAAUUCGAGAUUUGGAAAGUGAGAAAAAUGAAUUUGGAGAUGAGAUUGAAAAUGGCGGAACGAUUGACGAGCUUAAAGAAAUGGAAAAGGGGAUUUGGGCGACUGCUGCGCAGCUUUCAGCAAAAGCCAAAUCUGCUGGCAUAUGCCCCGUAUGUGGAAAUGCCCACAUCGACAUUUCUUCGGUGGAAAAAAAAGAAAAAGAAAAUUCCAAAAAAGCGAAAUUUGGAGAGAAAGAGCGGAACGAGCUGAGUCGCCUUGAAGGUGAGGAGAAACGAAGAAAAGAAGUUGAAAAACUUUUAACAGAGAAAAGAAAAGAACUUUCAGAAAUUUCUCAGCAUUACAAAAAUGAAACAGAAAAUUUGAGAAGGACGGAACAGCUUGAGAAGGAGAAAAUUGAGGAGAUUGCAGUGGUGGAACGAGAGUUGCAGGAGGAUGAUAAAAAGGUGGAAAUUUUGAAGUGCGCUGUCGAAGCAAAAAGCAAACUUGCUAAGAUCGAGGAGAGCAAACUGAAACUCAAAAUCAACGACACGAAAAGUGUUGAGACUCUGAGUACCAUGAAAAAGGUUGCCAACGAUAAGUUGAAUAAAC